AUGUCUACAACGAUGGAAAAAUACUCUGCUUCAAGUGCAUUCUUCGAAUCCCUUGCAGAGGCCGGAAUAAACUAUGUCUUUGUCAAUCUUGGAUCUGACCAUCCUGCCAUCAUGGAGGCAUUGGCAAAGGAUAGCAAAGGAACAAAAUUUCCCAAAUAUGUUGCUAUGUCAAUGGCCGACGGUUUUGCUCGUUUGACAGGUAAACCUCAGUGUGUCUUGGUGCACGUUGAUGUGGGCACGCAAAUGCUCGGGUGUGCUAUGCAUAAUGCAUCUAUUGCCCGCUGCCCAGUUCUUGUAUUCGCUGGCCUAUCUCCUUUCACCAUUGAAGGAGAAAUGCGCGGUUCUCGCACAGAAUACAUCCAUUGGCUGCAAGAUGUGCCCGACCAGAAGCAAAUCGUGGCGCAGUAUUGCAGGUAUACUGGUGAAUUCAAGACCGGAAAGAACAUCAAGCAAAUAGUCAAUCGGGCGCUCCAACUUGCCAACAGUGGUGCCAAAGGCCCUGCAUACUUGGUCGGGGCCCGCGAAGUGAUGGAAGAAGAAAUCACGCCCUACUAUCUUGAUCAAACGCUCUGGGAACCUGUGGCUCCUAUAGGACUUCCUCAAGAGGGCCCAGAAACCAUCGUGUCUACGCUUUCUAAAGCUGAGAAGCCGCUCAUAAUAGUCGGGUACUCGGGCCGCAACCAUGCCACAGUGCCUCAGCUAGUGAAGCUUGUUGAAUCGAUUCCUGGAGUUAGAGUUCUGGAUGCUCUGGGUAGCGAUGUGUGUUUCCCUUUCUCCCACCGAGCAUAUUUGGGAGUACGGAUUGGAAAGCACGAGGCGAUCCGCGAUGCAGAUGCUAUUGUGAUUUUGGAUUGCGAUGUCCCAUGGAUUCCCACACAAUGUCAAACAAGACCAGACUGCAGGAUUAUCCAGAUCGACAUCGACCCUUUGAAGCAAAACAUUCCAGUCCACUAUGUGCCUGCUUUCCGCAGGUAUCAGGCAGACUCUGAAACCGCUCUCCGGCAGAUCAAUGACUAUAUCGCUUCCCACCCAGAUCACUCUCGUCUUUCACAGCUUGAGCCAUGGGUGUCCCGUUGGGAAGCUCUAGGACAGGACUGUCGACAGCGAUUAGAGCAAGUGACGAAGCUUGCGGCUCCCCCUUCAGGAGGAAACCAUCUGCCACCGUCUACUUCCUAUCUCUGUUCACAGCUCAGACAGUCAUGCCCAGCAGACACUAUUUGGUGCAUAGAAGCUGUUACAAACGCCAUGUACGUCUAUGACCAGCUACAGGUCGAUAAGCCUGGUCAUAUCGUCAACGGCGGGGGCGGCGGUCUAGGCUGGUCUGGAGGUGGUACCAUUGGUGUUAAGCUUGCCACAGAUUGGCUUUCUGGGGGGGCGGGCAAGGGUAAGUUUGUUUGCGAGAUUGUCGGAGACGGUACCUACAUGUUCGGAGUUCCGUCGACGGUUUACUGGAUUGCCCGGAGGUACUCGCUUCCAACAUUAACAGUUGUUUUGAGCAAUAAAGGAUGGAAUGCUCCCAGGAACUCGAUGGAACUGGUGCACCCUCAUGGAUAUGGAUCCAAAAUUUCGAAUGAGGAGCUGAAUAUUUCCUUCUCGCCCACACCAGAUUUUUCGGGUAUUGCUAAAGCAGCAGCUGGAGGAAAUGCUUGGGCAGGUGUGGUAGAGAGCGCCGAUGAUGUCCAGAGACUACUCCCGGAAGCUAUUGCCGCGGUGAAGAGUGGGAUAUCUGCUAUUAUGGAGGUGCGCCUUGCAGGCUCGUGGGGUGCAGGUAAAUUGUAG